AUGGCUGAGACAGUAGAUACGAUACCAAGAGAUGAAGAGAUGAGCCAAAACAACAGUGAUGAUGAAGACCCAUUCUCAAAGCAUGAUGCCGUAAUGGCAUCCCCUGGUGGUUCUGACAGCUCUUCAUUAAUCAUCCUUAAUGAAGAUAAGGGAAAUUCAGCGAUGCCAGAAAGACUGUCCAGCCUCUCCAGCAAGGCCUUGGCCCAGGCAAAAAUCCUGACUGGCCUGGAGAUGGUGAGUGGUGGCCAGGUACAGAGGAUAACCUCUGGAUUGGCUGAAUAUCAGCAGACCCCUGUAGAUACAUCAUUAAGUGCCUCAUCCUACCUAGCAGCGGUCAGUAAUCUACAGCCUUUGGACAUUGCCCUCCCAUGUUCCACAAGCCUCUCUUAUGAUGUUGACCGGAGCUUGCAGGUGCUGCAGGUCCCAGCGGCACCUGGUGAUGCUCCACAAGAUGCUAUUCCCCUGCCUGGGAUAGACCUUGGGGCUUGCCACGUGCAGGAGGCAGGUAGUGGUGCUGGGGAUAAUGUGUCCCCUUGCAACCUGGGCCAGAUUAUGUUGAUGAAGGCAAAAAUAAUGGAAGCCUUAGAAAAUAAGAAAAAGGAGGAAAAGGAGAAGUACCAGCUCCAGCUGGUUAUGUACCGACGACUUCUGCUCUUGCGCUCUAUCAGGAGCUUGCACAAGCAGCUGGAGCAGCAGCAGGCCAGGCUGCAGGAAUGCUAUGGCAUGGUAAUAAAUACCAAGAAAGAAGUGUUGAAACACAUUUGCUCAACCUCGCCCUCACCUUCACCAUAA